AUGGCUCACAGCUUUAUUGUGUUACACAAGCCCUUCUACUACGAUAAGGCUGUGAUCCAUGAAGGGGGAUGGAGAGCAGCUGCUGCUGCUGGACACAAGCCCUGCAUCAUCAACCGACUCUCCAGGGCCACGUCAGUGGCAGCGUCUGUGAGAGACUCUGCCUCUAUACUGCCUUCUCUACUGAAAAGGCAGGUGGCUAUGUCUGAGGCUAUCCGAGUGCUUCACACUUGGGCGCCUCAGAUGAAGGGCUUGAGGCGGGCCCUGGUGCGAGGACUUUCACGUGCCAGGUUGGGGAUCCUGUUGUUCUUGGUACUGAUUUCUCUGCCAAGCCUGUACUGUGACCUGGGCUCACUAUAUCACUCUUCCUAUGAAAUAGUCAUUCCCAAGAGUCUGACAGUGGAAGCAAGGGAAGACCAAGUGGAAAAGCUCUCCUAUAUGCUAUUUAUGCAGGGCCAGAGGCAGCUGAUUCACCUGACAGUGAAGAGAGACUAUUUUGUGGAUAACUUCCCGGUCUUCAGCUACCACAAUGGCAUCCUGGGGCGAGGGAUGCCUCUCAUCUCGCAGGACUGUCACUACGAAGGCUACAUAGAAGGAGUCCCAGGUUCUUUUGUUUCUGUCAACACCUGUUCAGGCCUCAGGGGCCUCCUGAUUAAGGAGGACAAAUCCUAUGGUGUUGAGCCCGUGCUCUCUUCCAAACGGUUUGAGCACGUGUUGUAUGCCAUGGGCCACGAAGCUCAAGUCUCCUGUAGCGUCACGUCCAAGGACAGCCAAGUGGCGUCCACCAGCCAGCAACCACAGAGGGCCAGGCCUCACAGCUUGCAGGUGCCAUCCGACUUGUGGUCACGUACCAAGUACGUGGAGAUGUUUGUCGUGGUCAACAACCAGCGGUUCCAAAUGUGGGGCGGUGACGUCAAUCAGACAGUCCAGAGAGUAAUGGACAUCAUAGCUCUGGCCAACAGCUUCACAAGGGGAAUAAACACAGAGGUGGUGCUGGCUGGAAUGGAGAUUUGGACUGAGGGGGACCUCACAGAGGUCCCCAUGGACCUGCAAGUUGCACUCAGGAAUUUCAACAGCUGGAGACAAGAGAAGCUCUUCCAUCGUGUGAAGCAUGAUGUUGCCCACAUGAUCGUGGGACAGCAUCCUAAAGAGGGUAUGGGGCAGGCAUUUCUCGGUGGUGCCUGCUCAAGUGAUUUUGCAGCAGCCGUGGAAUCCUUCCACCACGAGGAUGUCCUCCUGUUUGCAGCACUCAUGGUCCACGAGCUUGGACACAACUUGGGUAUUCGGCACGACCAUUCGGCCUGCAUUUGUAAAGAUAGGCCCUUCUGCCUCAUGCGUGAAAACAUCACUAAAGAAAGUGGCUUCAGCAACUGCAGCUCUGACUCCUUCCACCAGUUCCUCUGGGAACACAAGGGGGCCUGCCUGUUUAACAAGCCUGGGCACAAAGGCCGCUUACGGAGGGAUUCGAACUGUGGAGAUGGCAUUGUAGAAGGAGAUGAGCAGUGUGACUGUGGUCCUAAGUGUGAAACGCACCCAUGCUGUGACACCAGAUGUAGGCUGAGAGAGCAGGCAGAGUGUAGUGAUGGACUCUGCUGUGAUAAAUGUCGCCUGAGAUACAAGGGAUUCAUGUGCCGUGCUGCUUUGGGAGAGUGUGACCUCCCAGAGUAUUGUAAUGGUUCCUCGGGAGAAUGUCCCAGAGACAGCUAUAAGCUUGAUGGUACAAUGUGUGAUAGAAUUCACUACUGUGCUGGAGGUCGGUGUAAGAACCCUGACAAUCAAUGCAUGGAUAUAUAUGGGUCCCCUGCAAGGUCUGCCCCAGAAAACUGUUACGUUUCAAUGAACACAAGAGGGGACCGGUUUGGAAACUGUGGUACCACCAGCUCACCGAGGUUAACAUAUCUGAAGUGUGCAGAUGAUAACAUAUUUUGUGGGAAACUCGUAUGUACAAAUGUUAGACAGAUACCACAACUCAAACCCAAUCAUACACUGAUCCAGGUCGCUCACAGAGAUGACUGGUGCUGGAGCAUGGAUGCCUAUGACACUGCUGAUAUCCCUGAUGACGGAGAUGCGCAUACUGGCACUCUCUGCGCCCCACACAAAGUCUGCAUGAAUCACUCCUGUAGUCAUUAUGCUGUGCUCCAGUAUGACUGCCCGUCAGCAGAGACAUGUAACGGGAGAGGAGUUUGCAACAAUUUUAGGCAUUGCCAUUGUGAGGAUGGCUAUGCUCCCCCUGACUGCAAAAGUCCCGGAAAUGGGGGUAGUGUAGACAGUGGUUCCCCUGGUAAACCAAGGGACAGUAUCAACAAUAAUCCAAGUGAAGAGGAAAGCAAAAGUCAUGCUGCAGAGGUUGGUAAUUUUGGCAGAAACAGUGAAAAUAAAGAUGAAAGCCAGAGCCUUGAGAAGAUACUGUACAUAGUCCCCAUUUUUCUCUUAGCAAUGUUUUUAGCUCUAGUUAUUGCUGUCAGUUUUGGAGCUAGAAACGAUAUGUCACAGUGCUCACAAGAGGACCUAGAAGAACCCAAAGAAGAAGUUGUUCAAAUAGAGGAGGCAGUCAGAAAAGUGGAAGAACCAGGGGCAGAAAAUGAGUAG